UCAUAAAUAUCGAUUGCAGCGUUUUUUUGUGUACGUGACAAGUGUCUGUCAGGUGGAUUUAUUUUUAAAAGUGUACUACAGUUAAGAUGAAAGAGAAAUAUUUAAAAAUUUUGUUGUAUAUUUCUAUAACAUUCGUGAUAGAUGAUUCACAAUGUAACAAUGAAGUAAAAAAGUAUCCUUUAUUGAUGCCGAAUGUUCGACCAAAUGUUCCCGAACUAUACUUAUGUACACCGGUGAAAAUGAAUACGUCCAACACGUAUUACAUCGUAGGCUACGAACCAAAAGCAUCGAUGAACGUAGCACACCACAUACUGAUUUACGGCUGCAAAGCACCUGGUACAGCGAAAGCCGUGUGGAAUUGUGGUGAAAUGGCGGCCAAGUCUAACAAUAAUAAUGAUCAAUACAGACAAGCAAGUCCUUGCAGCGAAGGAUCUGAAAUUUUAUAUGCAUGGGCACGUGAUGCACCGGCGUUGACGUUACCUGAAGGUGUAGGAUUCAAAGUUGGUAAGGACUCUCAAAUAAAGUAUUUAGUACUGCAGGUCCAUUAUGCACACAUAGAUCACUUCAAAGAUGGCGUAACAACCGACGAUUCAGGCAUAAUUUUGCAUUACACGUCCAGGCAUCUGCACAAACUCGCUGGCGUUUACUUACUUGGCACAAUGGGAGUCGUACCAGCGAGAAGCAAAGAGUACAUGGAAGCAGCUUGUUUGUUCAUGGAGAACAAAGUGCUGCAUCCAUUUGCCUAUCGUACCCAUACGCACGCACUUGGUAAGGUAGUUUCCGGUUACGUUGUCAACAAAGAUAACAAGUGGAUUGAAUUAGGAAAACGGGACCCCUUAACUCCCCAGAUGUUCUAUCCAGUUCACAACAAUGUUACCAUAACAAAGGGCGAUAUUCUCGCGGCAAGAUGUACUAUGGAGAGUUUUCGAGAUCGAGACACGUUUAUUGGUUCUACUGGUGAAGAUGAAAUGUGCAAUUUUUAUCUAAUGUAUUACGUCGAAAAUAACGAAACCGUUGACAUGAAGUAUUGUUUCACACAAGGGCCACCAGAAUUUUAUUGGAAGAUGGCUAACCUCAAAAAUAUACCUGAAGAUGCAUCAACGCUUUAAAUUAUUGUAUUUAUUAAUUUUUUUGUAAAUUUUAAUUGGUAUUCAUGCACAAACAAUAUUAGAGACUGAAUACUGGCAUUUUUUAAAUAGAUAUUACAACGGAAGUAUCAUUGUGCAAAUAUCUUUUCAAUUAUAGGAUAAAAUCAUUUUUGUUCAUGAGAUCUGUUCUUAAGAUUAAUUUAGUAGUUACCUAUAAAUAGUUAAUGUUGUGUAAUUGAAAAUAUAUUUGAAAUUCAAAAAUUCUGAUGAAAGAAAAUUAUCAAGGGCUCUAAUUUUUAAAUAUUUUAUUCCAUGUGAUAAUUUGUAUGCUUUAUCUUUACAAUUUAAACUACUUGGCUCGUUUCAAUGAGUGACCAAAUGUACUUUGAAUUUUAAUAUAAAAAUACUAAGGUAAAAAGAUACAAAAAAUUACCGUGAUUUUUUGUAACACUUGCUUGCAAAUUUUCUGUGUUGGUAAUGAAUGUUUUAGGAUGUUAUAUAUAGCUGGACUAAUAUUCCUAAAAGUUUGUCAAUUUUAUUGAAUGUUGCAUUUACUAACAGUUGAGUGUGAAUAUAAGCUACACAGAAAAAAAAAUCUAUACUCGACGGUAAAUUUUCUUGAGCCAAGAAAAUUUCUUUUUACUCCAAAAUAACUUUGGUCUUUCUCAAAAUUUUCUUGACACAAGAAAAAUUUUUUUUUUGUGGACUUCGCCUAUAUAUUGUAGGAAAUUUCUAAGAACAAUGGUUGCAAAAAUUAGUAGCUUGUACGAAUAAUUAUAAGAUGCUCGUAGGUUGACUUACUCAUGCGUCGAACUUCACUCGUGUAUCGUAAAUAUUCGUACAAAACUAUUUUUAUUCUUACUGAUAAAUGUAGAAAAUGGUUAUUACUUGAAGUUUAGUUUUUAAUUCAGAAGGAAGUAAUCUAGAUAAAGUAUUAUUUAUUGUCUUUAUGUAAUGAAGAGAGGCAAAGUGGGACUUUUUGAA